AUGAAGUCCUGGGAUGGCCUCAACUACUACACAACCAACACAACCCUCUGGGUUGAGCUCAUGAACCGCAGCACCGAGGAAUGGGGCAUCGGCUAUCUCCCAGCCAAGCUGGUAGCCAUCCCGGGCAAGUUCAACAGCAGCUACAACAUCUCAGACGACGCCAUCCUCAUCCAGCACGCGGCCCAGAGCAAGGCCGGCAGCCGCGACACGGAAAAGAUCAUCUUUGGCGUCGCGUCCGGCAUCGUCAUCCUCUUUAUGGCGGCGUGGAUCGUGUACAAUUUUGACGAUCUUAAGCCGCCAAAGGACGAUGAUGAAGGCGCAGGCACAAAGACUGGUGAAGAUGCCACCAGCACGCGCACCAGGACGACAGAGGUCACUGCCAACGAGAAGGACGCCCAAGAAUUUGGAGCGUUUUGCCAGCAGCUCAAAGACUUUUACUACAGCGACAAAAAGUCCGAACUCGAAGCCGCAGAGCGCGACAUUGUUGAAGAGAGCGGCCCAACUGUCGAGAAGCCCUGGGUGGGCGACAUAGAAGAAGCAUCCGCACUCCUCCGCAAGCUAUACAGCCUCAAGAUUACGAUGCGCAACGACGGCGACUCGGAGCAUGUCACUCUCGCAGAGCGCAACAGACACCUCGCCGAGAGCGAUGCCAUUCUUGCAGAGGUCAACCGGCUCAUCGAGGUGAGGGCUGCCGCGAUGCGUGAUCCCAGCCAGCUGAGGGCCGAAGGCGAGGAUAUGACCGAAAUGGAGGAGAUUGAGACGGCAUUGAGCGAGAUAGAAGCCGAGAACCAUGCGCCGAUGCGCUGGGAUGAUUCGCAGCGAAGCAGGGUGAGCAGGGUAUCGCGAUAA